CAGGGGUCCUGCACUCAGAGCAAAGCGUGAGAGCAGCCAAGGAGACAGAGCGAAACUUCGUCACCCAGUUCCCAGAGCCUGCAAGACAUGGGCCUCUGUCUCCAAGCCCUUACUCCACUCAUUUAAUCAGAAGACAUGGAGGGGAGCCGCCACUGCUGACCAUGUAGAUGCCGGCUCUGGGCAGCAGCAUGGGCCCCACUGGAUGGAGACUUGUGGGUCUACAGCCCUGAGCCCCUUUGGCCCCCGAACCUCAUCCCACACCCAGCAUCAGCCCUUGGUGUUCCCUGCCGCAGUUGCCAGCCUGCCUCAGCCACCCCCACCUCCCAGAAACCCCGCUGGCCAGUGAAGGUACGUGGAAGAGAGUCACACGCGGCUGCCCUGUCCAGCGCUGACCCUCGGGCCUGCCCGGGAAGAGACUUCGGCAGACAUGGGUGACAUGACCAACAGCGACUUCUACUCCAAAAACCAAAGAAAUGAGUCGAGCCAUGGGGGCGAGUUCGGGUGCACGAUGGAGGAACUCCGCUCUCUCAUGGAGCUACGAGGCACAGAAGCCGUAGUCAAGGUCAAGGAGACGUAUGGGGACACGGAAGCCCUGUGUCGCCGCCUCAAGACCUCACCUGUGGAAGGUUUGCCGGGCACUGCUCCAGACCUGGAGAAACGGAAGCAGAUUUUUGGGCAAAACUUUAUACCUCCAAAGAAGCCAAAAACCUUCCUGCAGCUCGUGUGGGAGGCGCUGCAGGAUGUGACGCUCAUCAUCCUGGAGAUUGCCGCCAUCAUCUCCCUGGGGCUGUCCUUCUACCACCCACCCGGCGAGAGCAAUGAAGGAUGCGCCACGGCCCAGGGAGGGGCAGAGGAUGAGGGCGAGGCCGAGGCAGGCUGGAUCGAGGGGGCUGCCAUCCUGCUGUCAGUCAUCUGCGUGGUGCUGGUCACGGCCUUCAAUGAUUGGAGCAAGGAGAAGCAAUUCCGAGGCCUACAGAGCCGCAUUGAGCAGGAGCAGAAAUUCACAGUGGUCCGGGCUGGUCAGGUGGUCCAGAUCCCAGUGGCCGAGAUCGUGGUCGGGGACAUCGCACAGAUCAAGUAUGGCGACCUCCUUCCUGCUGAUGGCCUCUUCAUCCAGGGCAACGACCUCAAGAUCGAUGAAAGCUCGCUGACCGGGGAGUCCGACCAGGUGCGCAAGUCCGUGGACAAGGAUCCCAUGCUGCUGUCAGGGACCCAUGUGAUGGAGGGCUCAGGACGGAUGGUAGUGACCGCUGUUGGGGUGAACUCUCAGACCGGCAUCAUCUUUACACUCCUGGGGGCUGGCGGUGAGGAAGAAGAGAAGAAAGACAAGAAAGGUGUGAAGAAGGCGGAUGGCCUUCAGCUUCCAGCGGCCGACGGUGGGGCAGCAGCCAAUACUGCCGGUAGCGCAGAUGCCGGCCUGGUCAAUGGUAAAAUGCAGGAUGGCAAUGUGGACGCCAGCCAGAGCAAAGCCAAACAGCAGGAUGGUGCAGCCGCCAUGGAGAUGCAGCCCCUGAAGAGUGCAGAGGGUGGGGACGCCGAGGACAAGAAGAAGGGCAACAUGCACAAGAAGGAGAAGUCAGUGCUGCAGGGCAAGCUCACCAAGCUGGCCGUGCAGAUCGGCAAGGCGGGCCUGGUGAUGUCGGCCAUCACGGUGAUCAUCCUGGUGCUGUACUUCACUGUGGACACCUUUGUGGUCAACAAGAAGCCAUGGCUGCCCGAGUGCACACCCGUCUACGUGCAGUACUUCGUCAAGUUCUUCAUCAUCGGCGUCACAGUGCUGGUGGUGGCUGUGCCUGAGGGUCUCCCGCUGGCUGUCACCAUCUCACUGGCCUACUCGGUCAAGAAAAUGAUGAAGGACAACAACCUGGUGCGCCACCUGGACGCCUGCGAGACCAUGGGCAACGCCACAGCCAUCUGUUCAGACAAGACGGGCACACUGACCACCAACCGCAUGACGGUGGUACAGGCCUAUGUCGGUGAUGUCCACUACAAGGAGAUCCCUGACCCCAGCUCCAUCAACGCCAAAACCAUGGAGCUGCUAGUCAACGCCAUCUCCAUCAAUAGCGCGUACACCACCAAGAUCCUGCCCCCUGAGAAGGAAGGCGCCCUGCCCAGGCAGGUGGGCAAUAAGACGGAGUGCGGCCUGCUAGGCUUCGUGCUGGACCUACGGCAAGACUAUGAGCCGGUGCGCAGCCAGAUGCCCGAGGAGAAGUUAUACAAAGUGUACACCUUCAACUCGGUGCGCAAAUCCAUGAGCACGGUCAUCAAGCUGCCCGAUGAGAGCUUCCGCAUGUACAGCAAGGGUGCCUCGGAGAUUGUGCUGAAGAAGUGCUGCAAAAUCCUCAACGGGGCGGGCGAGCCCCGGGUCUUCCGGCCCCGCGACCGGGACGAGAUGGUCAAGAAGGUGAUUGAGCCCAUGGCGUGUGACGGGCUGCGUACCAUCUGCGUGGCCUACAGGGACUUCCCCAGCAGCCCCGAGCCCGACUGGGACAACGAGAACCACAUCCUCAGCGACCUCACCUGCAUCUGCGUGGUGGGCAUCGAGGACCCCGUCCGGCCUGAGGUCCCAGAAGCCAUUCGCAAGUGCCAGCGGGCGGGCAUCACUGUCCGCAUGGUCACCGGCGAUAACAUCAACACGGCCAGGGCCAUCGCCAUCAAGUGUGGCAUCAUCCAUCCCGGGGAGGAUUUCCUGUGCCUAGAGGGCAAGGAGUUCAACCGGAGGAUCCGCAACGAGAAGGGGGAGAUCGAGCAGGAGCGAAUCGACAAAAUCUGGCCAAAGCUGCGGGUGCUAGCUCGCUCCUCGCCCACGGACAAGCACACCUUGGUCAAAGGCAUCAUCGACAGCACGCACACAGAGCAGCGGCAGGUGGUGGCGGUGACAGGAGACGGCACCAAUGACGGCCCUGCCCUGAAGAAGGCUGACGUGGGCUUCGCCAUGGGCAUUGCCGGCACAGAUGUGGCCAAGGAGGCUUCUGACAUCAUCCUGACAGAUGACAACUUCAGCAGCAUCGUCAAGGCCGUGAUGUGGGGGCGCAACGUGUAUGACAGCAUCUCCAAGUUCCUGCAGUUCCAGCUGACGGUCAACGUGGUGGCCGUGAUCGUGGCCUUCACUGGCGCCUGCAUCACCCAGGACUCACCCCUGAAGGCGGUGCAGAUGCUGUGGGUGAACCUCAUCAUGGACACGUUCGCAUCCUUGGCUCUGGCCACCGAGCCGCCCACCGAGACCCUGCUGCUACGGAAGCCAUAUGGCCGCAACAAGCCCCUCAUCUCACGCACCAUGAUGAAGAACAUCCUAGGCCACGCCGCCUACCAGCUCACCCUCAUCUUCACCUUGCUGUUUGUCGGUGAGAAACUGUUCCAGAUCGAUAGUGGCAGGAAUGCGCCACUUCACUCGCCGCCCUCAGAGCACUACACCAUCAUCUUCAACACCUUCGUCAUGAUGCAGCUCUUCAACGAGAUCAACGCCCGCAAGAUCCACGGUGAGCGGAAUGUCUUCGAUGGCAUCUUCCGGAACCCCAUCUUCUGUACCAUCGUGCUGGGCACCUUUGCCAUCCAGAUAGUGAUCGUGCAGUUCGGCGGGAAGCCGUUCAGCUGCUCCCCACUGCAGCUGGACCAGUGGAUGUGGUGCAUCUUCAUUGGUCUGGGAGAGCUCGUCUGGGGCCAGGUCAUUGCCACCAUCCCAACAAGCAGGCUCAAAUUUCUGAAGGAGGCGGGCCGGCUCACACAGAAGGAGGAGAUUGCAGAGGAGGAGCUCAACGAGGAUGUGGAGGAGAUCGACCACGCCGAGCGCGAGCUGCGCCGCGGCCAGAUUCUCUGGUUCCGAGGCCUCAACCGGAUCCAGACUCAGAUUGAAGUAGUCAAUACUUUCAAGAGCGGGGCCUCCUUCCAGGGGGCUCUGCGGAGACAGUCCUCGGUCACCAGCCAGAGCCAGGACAUCCGCGUCGUGAAGGCGUUCCGUAGCUCUCUCUAUGAAGGCCUGGAAAAGCCCGAGUCUCGAACCUCCAUCCAUAACUUCAUGGCUCAUCCUGAGUUCCGCAUCGAAGAUUCCCAGCCCCACAUCCCCCUCAUCGACGACACUGACCUGGAAGAAGACGCUGCGCUCAAGCAGAACUGCAGCCCGCCGUCCUCGCUCAACAAGAACAACAGCGCCAUCGACAGCGGCAUCAACCUGACCACCGACACGAGCAAAUCAGCUACCUCUUCAAGUCCAGGGAGCCCCAUCCACAGCCUGGAGACGUCGCUUUAGCUGAGGACCCCGUGGCUUCCUUCAUGGCCCCUGUCCCCACCUGCCCGGGCACCCCAGCAGCAACAGCAACCACAGGAAACCAAAUACGGGCGAGCCAGCCGACUCCCCUUCCUGCCCAUAGACCCUUCCUCGGCUGCCAUGCUGUUUGAACUCUCCCCACGGGCCUCCGCCACCUCGUCUCCCCGCAUGAAUGUCCUGGACCCCUGGAGCCUCCCCUGGUUUGGUUUGGCAGGGGAGGCAGGCAGGGGAGCAGUUUUUUUCUGUUUGUUUUCUUGCGGGGAACUGCAGACUCUGAGACUUCACCCAACCCACUGGUCUGUGAGAGUUUGAAAUGCUUGCACCGCAUGGUCUCAGUUGUAUAGAUUAAUUUAAUAACUUUUUUCAAAUCGCAGAGCUUAACUCACCUGAUAGAGUCUGCACCAACGGAAUCGAAGAACUCACUAGACACUCACGGGAUCGUCUCCAUUCCUUUGUAUCUAUAUCAGCGUAUACACCACACCGAGACUGUAUACGUCCAUAUAGAUGGAUAGAUAUAUAUAUAUAAAUAUAUAUACAUGGAUAUAUAAAGUUUCUUUGCCGGCAUGUUGCCUUGUUUCAGCUUAAAUUGCUCUAUUUUAACUUAUUUAUGUCCUAAAAGGAGAAUGUAAUUUGUUUACAAAUCUGUAGAUAGCGUCUCUGGCUGAGUGUGCGGUCCAGCUCAGUGGCCGGGGAAGUGGCUGGGGCCCCGCAGGCACCUGCUCCUGGAUCACAACCUCCUCUGUGUGUCACCACCCACAGCCUCGCUCAGAGCUUGCCUGCCUGCCAGUCCCGUUCCAUGACGUCAUGGCCGCCAGAGGCACCACCGAGAACCAGUCUCUAGAGGCCGGCAGCGUGCUCGUGGAGGGCGAGAAGGAGAGGAGCUUUACCCAGGGUUUG